AUGGGCCUGGAUGAAAACUACCACGGAAUUGUAGUCGACAGCAAAUCGGCAACUAUUAGCGGCAUGGAGGCUUAUGGGUUUGACGUGAGGCAUAAUAUGCUUCACAAAUUCAACGAUUCAAAUGACGUCAACUUCAAAAAGAUCAGGCAUUGGCUUGUCAAGACUGCAGAUAUCGCUGGAGAGACUUUGGGUUGCAAAGCAAGCAACGAUAGACCCGUUAACGACUUGUAUGAUGAUCGGUCACAUAGCGGCUCAAAAUCCGACACUCGACUAUUUGAUUUACCCGGUUCACGAGUGAGAAAAAAUCCUAGGAAGCCGGAAGCGCGAGAGAAACUUUACAACAAACUUCAUUUCAAGACUCUUGGAGAGCGAUAUAAGAACAUUUGGCCCGCACAUCGCGCCACAUGCAAAUGGUUACUUAAGAACAAGGAAUAUCAAGCUUGGUUGGACAAAGGGAAGUUGGAGGAUCACCAUGGAGUUCUAUGGCUCAAGGGUAACCCAGGUACUGGGAAAUCGACACUAAUGAAGUUUGCUGUUUCGAAGCUGAGCAUGGAAAACCCAAAAGACAUCCACAUCUUUUUCUUUUUCAAUGCCCGAGGCGAUGCUCUGGAACAGAGCACGGUAGGCAUGUAUCAGUCGCUUUUACAUCAGCUCUUUUCACAGAUUCCCAGACUCAAAUAUGUUUUUGAUGACUUCGCCCAGUUUGACCUACCAGAAACAGAUAUAUAUGAGUCCUGGGCUUUGCAAACACUUGAGAGUCUUCUAAUGCAUGCUAUUUCUGAGCUUGGGAGUCACAAACUAUGGGUGUUCGUGGAUGCCCUAGAUGAAGGCAACGAAAAAGAAGUCCGGAAAAUGAUCACUUUUUUCGGAGGGCUUGGGAAAGAGGCCAAAGACGCGAACGUCGACAUGCGUGUCUUAUUUGCAAGCCGACACUAUCCACAGAUCACGAUAUCGCACAAGGUGGAGAUUAUUCUCGAGUCGGAGAAAGAGCAUUAUCUUGACAUCAAACGCUAUGUCCAAAGCGAGCUGUACAUCAAAGAUGGCAUGACGGCCCAGGGAAUCCAAGAUGAGGUUAUCAACCGUGCAUCAGGCUUUUUUCUCUGGGUUGUUCUCGUCGUGGAGAUUCUGAACGAAACAGCUGCAAAAGGAAUGAACCAAAAGGAGAAACUCAAAGAGCUGCCCGACCAUCUCAGCACACUGUUUGAAGGAAUCCUCACUCGUGAUCGUGAGAACAUGAAAGGAACUCUACUUUGCAUCCAGUGGGUUCUCUUCUCACGGAAACCUUUGACCCGAGAAGAGUUGUAUUACGCAAUUCUCCACGGGGCAAACGAAAAAGAGACUAGAUCAUGGGCUGCUGACUAUGUCACUAUUGAGAUUAUGGAUGCAUUUAUCUUGACUUGCUCCAAGGGACUCGUGCAAUUCAGUGGAGAGACUGCACAGUUCAUCCAUGAGACAGUUCGAGACUUUCUCAUACACGACAAUGGCAUGCAGCUAAUUGCAAGCGACGCAACUAAGUCCAUUAAGGGCGCUGCCCAUGAUACUUUGAAAAGUUGCUGCCUGAAUUGCAUCUCAUCGACGCUCAAAAUCAUUUGGGGCUCUGGUCGACCAGUGAGGUUUGAUAAUCUUGACAGGCUGCGCGGAAUAUAUGACUCCAUCGUCGAAUCCGGCCGGAAAAACUAUUCGAAAUCGAAACCGCUGUACAAGACCCCUUUCCUUCAUUACGCCUUGUUCCACCUCCUACACCAUGCCAAUGCUGCGGAAGCUGGAGGCGUUUCCCAGGUAUCCUUUAUCCAGGCAUUCCAGCUGCGGUCUUGGGUGUACUUGAGAAAGGUUUUCCUAGAGCUGGGAACAUUCAACUCACUUCGUUCAACCUUUCUUUACACUCUUGCAGAGGAAGGCCUGGGAUCUCUUAUAAUGGCCAUGUUACAUGCCGAUCCUGGCAAAACACCUCACUUGUUGGUGGAGGAAUUGCUUCGCCAUGAAGACGUUGAGCUUAACUUCCGAGAUGCGGAAAAGGGCCGCACGCCCAUGUGGUGUGAUGCGGAAGAGGGAUACGAAGCGAUAGUGAAACUUCUCCUUGAAAGACAAGGCGUUGACGUCGAGUCUAAAGAUACGGAAUAUGGCCAAACGCCGCUUUGUGUUGCAGCUAGGUUUGGACAUAGGGAGGUGGUCAGAUUGAUGUUGGUAAGCAACCGUGUUGUUUUGGGCUCUCAAGAUUUACAGGGACAGACAGCGUGGACGUGGGCUAUUAUAAGACAAGACGAUGCAAUGAUGGAGAUGUUGGGGAAUAUCUAG